AUGGCCCAAUUUGAAUGCUAAAAUAAGAACUACGUGCCCAGAGAACCUCUUCUUCUUCCUCAGAUUUCCAUUUUGUCCACAAACCCGUGUCUACAAUCCGAAUCUGUAACCCGAUACCUUUGUGCAUUAGCUAUGGCGGCAGCAGAGGAAGAUGCAGGGGAGUUCUACCUUAGGUAUUAUGUAGGUCACAAAGGAAAAUUCGGCCAUGAAUUUCUUGAAUUCGAGUUUCGUCCCGAUGGCAAACUUCGUUAUGCUAACAAUUCCAACUAUAAAAAUGACACCAUGAUUCGUAAGGAAGUAUUUCUCACUCCUUCUGCUCUUCGCGAAUGUCGCCGCAUCAUUUCUGAAAGCGAGAUAAUGAAGGAAGAUGACAAUCUGUGGCCAGAACCUGAUAGAAUUGGGAGGCAAGAAUUGGAGAUUGUGAUGGGAAAUGAGCAUAUUUCAUUUACAACUUCGAAAAUUGGUUCACUUGUUGAUGUCCAAAGUAGUAAGGAUCCUGAGGGUCUUCGCAUCUUCUACUACCUUGUCCAGGACCUGAAGUGUUUUGUAUUUUCGCUGAUCUCACUUCACUUCAAAAUCAAGCCAAUCUAAGAUUAAUUGUAUCAUGGCGUGCUGUUGAUGAUUUUGUGUUAUAGCUUUUGUUCAGGACCCAACGGUUAUUUCUGAUGUAUGGCUUUCUAAGGAUGUGAAGAACAUGUGACUGAUUUGUAAUGGAUUUUUCAUUUUUCAUCUGUUUCGCUUGAGGUGGCUGUUUCUGGAAAUGCAAAAAAUUCAUCAACAUCCGAAAUUUAUAUGGGAUUGAUUUUUACUUAAUUUUUAUUUUCAGGGUAAGAAAAAUAUUAAAUACGUUGCUUUUAAAUCCUAUCAUAUCAUUGGUGUU